GCUCCGGUCACCGCAUCCCGCAACACUUUACGCUCCUCAGCAAAGAACGAGCAGCGGACCGAUGUCAUGUGCACCAAACCCGUUCAGACCCAGUGGCGAUCAUGCACCGAGGGCCGGCGGUUCAGGUCUGGGCUGGAAAAGUUUCUUCCCAAGAUUGGAAUCUCAAUCGAGCAGCUAAGUUCCUCCAAGAGCAGCAACUCGCUCGAUCGCAUUGUUGACAUUGACACCGAGUUGGGCGGCGGUUUUGACGUAACCCCAGUCGAACCACUGAGCGCCUCCACUUCGGCUCUGGACAAACCAGUGAACAAGCAGUCUCAAACGCCUGCACGCAUUCAGGACCGGCCCCGGCACCAACUUGAUCGCGAUCAGCAUUCCAGUAUCCGCCGAGUCGAUUUCGACACACUUGCUACAAAUGUGUUGAACCCGGUGGCAUCCUCGGAUGAUGCCGUCGGAUUGAGUACCGAAACUCUCGCUUCUGGACAAAAAAUUACAAGCGCUUGCCAGGCGCAUGGCCGUCCAGCAGAGUUACAUCUCGACCCUCAGUGGCUUCAAGAGGCACAGACGGAUCGACUUAUGCAUGACUCGACACGCACCUUGAAUGCAGAACAGCUCACACCCGGUCGGCAGCAAGCAUUGUCGCACGAUAACGUCUCGAUUGGUGAAAGACUCGAUCACGAUCUCCUUUGCCUGUCGGGAGGACCACGUCCAGAGCGAAGCCUUGCGAGCCUCAUGUCGGACCUUGGCAGAGGGCUCGGCACAUCAAGCGGAGAUCCUGGUCUGGAUCAGUUCCGAGAGCCGCUUGAAGUAACCCUUCCCAGGGCCGCAUCCUCGCUCGACAGCCACAAGCCCAGCGACGCAACCGAGUCUGCGAAUCGCUCCAUAUUCAUCGACAAUGCCACGGUUGCUAGACAUUCCGACCUUCCGCCAGGGAACUCAAGCGUCCUUAAUUCCAUAAGCAGCGACAAUGCAGUCCGCGCAGGCAGCUUAGAUGCUCAGGGAUCAACCAAUCCGGUGCAUCUUGGAAUCGACGAUAGACUGUCACAAUCAUUUUUUUUGGAUGAUACUCCUGCUGUAGGUACUUCCUUCAUGCCACCAUCAAGGGGUGCAACGACACAAGACUGGCUGUUGUCUUCGUCAACCGGACCUGGCGAAUUGCACCGACCGGUUGAUGCGCCCAUGGCUGUGCAACAGCCUGGAGUUUAUCCGCAAGUGAGUAAGGUGGUCGAGGCCCACAUUCGCUCCGGUCCACAGGACCCAAUCAGCACGGGAGCCCAUCCACCAGCACCGUUUGCUCCAGGGGACAAGUCCACUCUUUCUGCAACAUCGGGUUUCGCAUUCCAACUGCCUCUGGGAGCAUCUGGGGCCCCAUCCAAAGUCAUCUCAGGACAAAUUGGUGCUGAAGUAGUGGCAGAUGCACCCAAGCUAUCCACUCACAAGAUUGAAAACAGCACAGCUCAGUUAACAGCGACUAUCUCGGGUGAACGCUCGCUUCUGUCAUCGCAAACGGUACCCAAAUCUCCAGCCCCCCAAAGGGGCCCGAGACUGCCAGGACCGGCUCUGAGAAGGGUCGCGACCCAGGGACAGAUGACGGUUACGCCUGAGGAGCCCCCCGCUGUCACCAACAGCAGGCCACUUUCUCCCGAUGGCCAUGCAACAGAUACAGCAGGUGCCUUAGAGGCAAUGCGACGCAAACGGACCUCCGUAUCGGUCGGAAACGUCCAAACAAUCGGGGCAACCGAUCCAUCUCAAGAUGAUUCUGAAUCCGGUCUGGGCGGCAUCCUGGACUUUUACAAACUGAGCUUGCCAGGAAAACGACAGCCCUCUAAGCGCACACAGGUUCAAAAGUCGGUCUGGAAGCCCGGUGGAACAAUGGAUCCGGUCAAGAAGAAGGCAUUCCUUGAAAGUAGAGAAAGAGCCAUGCGCUAUGCAAAGGAAACGCGGCUUCGCAACAAAGCCUCAGAAGAAUCGUCUGGAAGCAGCGUGGGUAGCGACAGCUCAUCCUCCACCAGCAGCACGCACAACGUUUUCGAAACCAGCACCUCACAAACUGGUGCCUCGAUCUUGUAUGUGUCCGGAUAUGGCAAGCUCGGAGCCUCUAUCCCACAGGCAAUGAGCGCAUCGGCGUCAUUACUGUCAAACAAGUCGCGGAAACAGUUUGCUCAAAAGAUCGAGCGGCUGAUGAAACUGAACGAGAACAUUCUCGUGGAGCCACCCAAGGAGAUUCACUCGACCUAUGCACCGGAUCGAUACUUUCCUGGCCAAGGAAAUAUCCGACCCAAGCCCGAGUCCGAAACUCCGGAGACCGACUCGCCGGUAGAGCGCUCCGGGAACACUUCUGCAGAGCCUCUCACAACACAACGCGACAGUCGUCGGCAGGAACUUACAGGUUACCGCGCUCGCCAACAAUCUUUGCCCGAUGCUGGGACUGACGUCAUUCGGCAUCCAGAUUCAAAUGCACCCACUAUCGUGAAACUACGGCCGAGCCAGAUCGCCGGCAGACAUGGAGUGGCUGGAGUGGCUGGAGUGGCUGGAGUGGCUGGAGCAGCCCAGGACUCCGGCAAGCCCGACGGGGUGGGAGUCUCGGCUUCACCCGAGUACAUCCGUCAGUUCCGGAACGAGCAUGAUGCUCGAAUCACAGUUAUUAAGGAGUUUAUCGAGGGUCUCGACAAGGCAUACUCCGUUCCAGAUGAUGGACAGAAUGAAGUACCCUCAGCACACAGGCUUAAGAUUCAGUUUGUUAAUGAUUUCGUGGCCCUGGACAAGCGUGCCACCAACAUACAGGAUAACGUAGCCAAACUGAUGAUGCGGAGCGUCGAUGCCAUUCCAAAUAACGACAUCCAGCACGUCUCGGAGAAACAAGCAACACAAAUGUCCUGGCAUCUCUUCCAGUUCCUCCGAACCAACAGACAUGCGCUCGUCAAGCCAUACAUUUCAGAUCAGAUCAUGGACUCCAUGGAGGUUGAUCAAGACGACCGUGAUCGCAUGUGUGAUCUCCGCAAGAUCGUUGCCAAAAUGUCACGGACCGAGUAUAUUGUGCUCAAGGCAACUGUGGGACACUUGCACAGGAUCGUGGAUCUCUUCACUAUACCGGUGCUGCGGGGUAUCGCUUGGGUAUUUGGGCCCGUCAUUUUUCGGCUCCCACAGAAGGUGCAGUUUUCGGCGCCGACCUCCCGGCGGAUAUCGUAUAUCAGCUCGCCUCGACUUAUCCAAAACAUUUUCAAGAACCGGCGGCUAUCCCGAGACGACGACCGGCGCGGAUCGGGUCUCUCGCUUGAGGCUAUGGUCAGAGAGUCAUCCAAGGAGUCGAGUGACAACUUAAGCGAGUUGCUGCUCCCUAUGAUGACGGUGGCGGGAUCAUCGAGACUCAUUGCCCAGAACGACGGGUCGAUUCCGACCAUCCUGAUGGAGGAAGCUUCGGUGGCAGAAAGCUCGAGCUCGGACAGCGCAAGUAGCGACCACGAUAGAGACCGAGACCAUGGACUGGACCACAGCGAGAAUGUGCUGGUUCCACCCAGUUAUGGGGACUCGCCAGCGAUAUCCGAGAGCAAUCUGCAUGAAGCCAAGGAACCGCUGCCUAUACGUCGGCGCCGGAGGCCCAGUCUCAGUGCCCACAAUCUAACAGCCGUCGGGCUGAAACCUAGUAUGACUGCAAGCAACAACAACAGCAACACCAACGACAUUUUGCGGCGUCCGAGCCUUCAGUUGUUGUCGACUCCGAAUUUAACAAAGUCUCUGAUGGACCUUGGCAGCGAAGACGACGCUGCUGCCGUCUCGAGCAAUGAUCCCGAAGGAUUCGGGUGGCAUGAGCAAACCCUCGAGUUGUUCUCAGAGAUGCUGUUCCUGAGCCAGCAUGUACUGCCCUGCCAGUGCGCGGCGCUGGAACUGCUCAUCAGCGAAUACGAGUCCAUUUUUAUGUGGAAUGAAAUGAAGCACAACACCCGCUUGUGAGCCUCGCUGGGAGGGCCAUGGUCACUUUGUCUCUGCACCCUGAAUACACAAUCUGCCAUCCCGGGAAU